GCGGGUCGGUCCACCGUAGGCCAGCUCCCUGGCGCGAGAGACGCGUGCCGAGCAGACGCGACAGCGGCUGCGGCCACGCGCCGGGCACCGUUCAGUCACUACAGCAGAGCCCCGACGCCGGGUCGCACGUGCAGAGGCCGGCACCGGAGGGACAGGACGACUGGCAGGAGCCGGCCGCGGGCAGAGCAGGGAGGACUCGGGUAGGAGCGCUGGAGUCGGUCGAGCGAAGGCUAUGCGCUGGUAUGGGCGCGCGAGUGUGACUCUGACAACCGGAAUCGAACGUGACGACAAACGGCGCUUCUGCGAGACGGGACAGCAGCAGAACUGUGCAACGAUGGGAAGUCGCCGGAUCUGCGGUGUUCGUCCGGAAACGCUGGCUGCCGUCGGCCUCUGCAUCCUGACGAUGGCUAACUUUGCCGCGGCUCAGGUCAACGUAAACUUUGACGGGGAGAUGGUGGCCGAGGAGUCGUCGCGUGUGUCGCAGCAGAGCGGGGCUGGCGGCUGGGAGCCGUGGCGGCGGGCCACCCCCGCCGACCGACGUCGCCCGACCAACAGGCUGGAGCGGCGGCCGCAGCUGUCGCGGCCAUGGCCGGACGCGUGGCUGCCGCCGGCUCCCCUGGACGGGGACGAGAGCGACUGGCUGUCGCCCACGCUGCGCGAGCCGUGGCGCACCAAGUAUGACCGCUACCCCACCGAGGAGCACAACGCCGUGUUCGGCCGACCGGCAGUGCCCACGUUCCCCGCCAGCCACGGACUGGGCUCGCGACGAUGCGCCGACUGA